AUGGUCGGUGCGGCGCAGUAUCUAGACGAGGAGAUUGACUGGGUUCUCUCUGCCGUCGUCGGCAAGAAGAAGCAGUCAUAUAUCCAGACGAACUUCAAGGAUAAGUUUGGACGCAGCUUGAACCAUAAUCAGAUUCGUUACAUUAAGAACAAAUACGGUAAAGACCCUAGGUUUAAUAGCCCGUUGGUGAAUACUCGAGCUCCCAGAAUAGCCACGUCACCCAAACCCGGUGAUCUGGGUGAGCAGGAAGGCGAAGAAGAGAAAGGCAAUGAGAUUGAUUUCAGAAGUCUCAAAGAGGAUAGACCGUCACUGAACACGAGGAAGCGACAAGAUGAAUCAAAGGAUGAAGCGGUGGCGAUGAUAAGGGCGAAGCGCAAGAGAGGUGCUGAUGAUUCGGGCCCCGGCCGGUCAAGGUUCAUCAAGAAAAUCAUAGGGCCACAACGGCCACAGCUUCAACGAGAUCGAGCGUCAAAGAUUGUUGAGCAUGAGACGCCUCCACAACAAUGGAACACUCUCGAUCUUCAGCUCUCUACAUCGCAUGUCCAUUCGGCUUCUACACCACCAACCUCUUUGGGGCAUGGCUAUCAUGAUACUCAAUAUCUACAUACGGAAGCACAUGAUAGCACACAACAGCCGAUGCUCUCGCAAUUUCACAACAUCAGUACCAGUGUUGGUUGGGCACCAUCGGUGCCGCUGACUACCUGGGACGCUGGCGACUCUCCCGUGUUUACGAGUGUCAACCAUAUCAUGAAUCCAUCGGCUUUGACAUAUCCUGCUUCAACGAUGGAGCAAUUGUACUGUCAUCCAGCCGAGCAAACCCAUACACUCCCUCAAACACCCACAAUCCAGUAUCAACCGCAGCUGGUCCAACCUCCCUCAGUCUCGCCAUUCUCGCCACUUAUACCGAGCAUUACUCCGUAUCCCUACCAUAGCUACCAAGAGCAGCAAUACCAUCAACCGUCGCAGAGAGAACAGCAUCUUCAGUUUCGCCUCGAAGCCCCUGAGAACCCAGACUUUACCAGUCUCGCCAUAUCGGAAGUGGAAGGGCACCCUUCUCUAGACACACUUUCUGGCGUCCCGAGCUUCCAAGAGAUGCCCAUCGAACCAGCAUCUUCCCAGGGCGUCGCUGAGCUAUCGACCUUGAACUUGGCCGCAGGAGAUGUCGAUGUCCACGAGCACCAAUAG